CCAAAUGCAAUGUAUGUGAAACUUGUCAGCAGUGAUGGGCAUGAAUUUAUUGUUAAACGUGAACAUGCUUUAACUAGUGGAACAAUAAAAGCAAUGUUAAGUGGCCCUGGUCAGUUUGCAGAAAAUGAGGCUAAUGAAGUUAAUUUUCGUGAAAUUCCGUCCCAUGUGUUGCAAAAGGUUUGCAUGUAUUUCAUUUACAAAGUACGCUAUACAGAUAGCAGCACUGAAAUACCAGAAUUUCCUAUUGCACCUGAAAUUGCAUUAGAAUUAUUGAUGGCUGGGAAUUUUUUAGAUUGUUAAAUGUAACAAGUAAUAUCAUUAACAAAUAAUUCAGCUUUUGGGGCAUAACAAAAGUAAUUAUUAUAAUUUUGAUUUUAAGAAGUAAAAAUUCAAUUGUAUUGAGUGAUAUAUUUAAAAAAAAAAUGUUCUUACUUUUCCCUUUAUGUUUUAUAGUAGGAUAUUCAUUUUAAUAAAUCAUUGCAGUUCAUUAUAAAAUUACACUUACUAAUAGAUAUUUGAAAGAUUCACAU